GGCUUCUCUGAGACGGUAAUUGCCGUUUGAAACGAUCUGAACUCGGAACGCUCUCUUCUUUUGUCGACUUCUUUACCAAUUUGAAAUUAAAUAACUGAAAUGAAAUUCCGUACUUUCCGCCCACAAGAAUUGCACACACGAUCUGAUAAGUGAGACAAUUUAUUUAUAACAAUGGCGAUAGAUGCACAAAUUAAUGCUAAUGGUCUCACGACUUCCCUCACGAUUUGAAGUUUGAGACAGGCCUGUUUCGAAUUUAGUUGAAAAUGAGCUUAUGAACACUUGCAAAUUUGACAAUUACUUGAAGCUGAUUGGUUUGCAUGCUUUUUCGGAGUUAAACGCAGCCAUUUACACACUGUUUCUAUUCUGAAUACACAGACGGAAAAUCCCGCAACAUUUUAAUGCGACUUUGCUUACUCUUUGGGUUGCUGCAUGUCAUUGGUUCUUUUUUUGACAAUUGACGCGCGAAUGGGGCGUGUUAUGAAAAGGGCCGUUUUGCAAAACACCUGGUCUUCCUUGCAGGUCCAGUAUUCUUCCUCGGUGGGCCUGCACGCGGGCUAAUUUUAUUAAUUAAAACUUAUAUAAACACUCAAUAAUUAUAUACAAGCACUCUUAGACUAGUUUCCAUCGAAUCCCUUUUCUGCAUCACAAUUAUAUUACGUCAAAAACAUGCAAUUAAAAACUUAUAAUUGUAGUAAACACUUUUGUAGCAAAUUUUGUUUAUUUUGUUUGACGAAUUUUGCAACCUUAUGGAGCAGCUAAUAAUUCUACCAGGCAAUUUGUUAAUAGCCGGUGACUUCAAUUACCAUGUGGACAACAGUACUAACCCGGAUACCAUAAAAUUCAAUAAAAUAUUGGAAUCGUUCAGUCUGCAACAACGCGUGAAUGGGACAACUCACAAGAAGGGUCACACCCUAGAUUUGAUAAUAACAAGGAUUGGCGAUCGACUGGCGACUAACAUUGAAAUACAUGCACGACCCCAUGUUUUCAGAGAUGUAAGCUGUACCGCCUGUACGUUACAGCUUGAGAAACCACGACUGGAACGUGCAGAAAUCCAGUAUCGCAAGCUGCGGAAUAUAUAAACAUGGAUAGUUUUAAUGAAGACCUAAGAAAGUCGAACUUCAGUAGUGACAGUGACUCAGCGGUGAGCUACCAACUAUAAUCGAUCAGUACGAAAAGACGUCUUUGGAAGAAACUUUACAGAAACAUGUGCCUUUAAAACGAAGAAUUAUUUCUCUCCGGCCAUCAGCACCAUGGUAUAACGAGGAAAUUGGUAAAGCCAACGGCGUAGAAGACUCGAGCGUCGUUGGCGAGCAUCUAGACUGUGUAUUGACAAAGAGAUCUAUAUUAAACAAUGUUAGAUAGUGAAUGAUAGCCUAUGAUCAAGGAAGCGAAGACAUGCAGCAUAUUACUCCUCAGCCAUUUCUAAUAAUAAAUAUAAACAGAAAGUAUUGUUUAAUACAGUUGACAAACUACUCCACAGAAAACCAGAGAAAUGUUAUCCAACUACAUCAUCAAUUAAAACUGAGCUAGUUAACAAUUUUGGAGACUUCUUUAGUAACAAGAUAGCGUUUUACGUAAUGAGUUGGCCAAUAUAUCCAUCUAUGACAAUCAGUUGAGCCCAGCGGAACUGUCGACACAAUGCGUUGAGUUUAGAAUCUUUCAAACGGUGACGGAGCAAGAAGUCGAAAAUAUUGUUGACGCAAAUGGCAAAAAAUCCUGUGCACUCGACCCUAUACCUGCAACAAUUCUUAAAGGCUGCAAAAAGACUCUACUACCUACGUUUACUAACAUCAUUAACAAGUCACUCGAAACUGGAAGCAUGCCUGUACAACUCAAAGAGGCUAUGUUAAAACCUAAGCUGUAGAAAAGCAAUUUGGAGUUCGAAGAAUACUCAAACUUCAGACCAAUUUCAAAUCUUAAGUUUCUAUCUAAGAUAAUCGAGAAAGCUGUUGGUACUCAACUCAUGCAUGGAACAUUUAGUCAAUAAUAACUUAGAAGAACCUAUUUUGUGUGUGUUGGUGUUAUGUACUCAGGUGAAUAUAUGAUGCUUGUGGUGUUACUCUGAGUGUGCAUCCACACCAGGGCAAGCUGAAAAGUUAGCAUGGCCAUGGUGGGAAUCGAACACUGACAUUGAAGGAACUAGACUCAGUUCCGAAAUAUCAUCAACUCGAACCGACUUGACCAUGCAGCUCAGUUGGCAGAGCAUUAGACUAGUAUCCCAAAGGUCGCGGGUUCGAUUUCCACCAUGGCCAAGCUAACUUUUCAGCUUGCCUGGUGUGGAUGAACACUCAGAGUAACAUCACAAACAUCUUAGAAGAAGUUCUCCAAUCAGCAUAUAAACGCUUCCACAGUACUGAAGCGGCCCUGCUUAAAGUGUGACAUUCUUAUCGCUAUUGACAAUCAGAAAUGUGUAGUUUUGGUGUUGUUGGACAUGUUCGCAGCGUUCGACACAGUUGACCAUGAAAUCCUAUUGGAACGAAUGUCAAAACGGUUUCGAAUUAAAGACAAGGUGCUAGAAUGGUUUCAGUCCUACCUUCAAAGCAGGGCACAAACUGUGAUGAUUGAUGGCGUUAAAUCUGCUGCUAAAGAUCUAAAUUGGGGAGUUCCGCAAGGAUCAGUUGUAGGCCCUAUUUUGUACCUGUUAUACACCUCGCCCAUUGGAGAUAUUAUUAGACGUCAUGAACUUGACUUUCAUUUAAUUUCAUUUCUAUGCUGAUGAUUCGCAACUAUAUCUUGCUUUUGAGCCAACUACAGAUGAACAACCGGGUGCGCUUGUGCGAAUGGAAGCGUGCGUUAGAGAGAUCGACUCGUGGAUGGUUAGUAAUAAACUGAAGCUAAAUGGAGACAAGACAGAGUUGUUAGUAAUAAAUGCACGCCAUCGCCCAUGCCAGCCUAUACAUUAUAUAUAUAUAUAUAUAUAUAUAUAUAUAUAUAUAUAUAUAUAUAUAUAUAUAUAUAUAUAUAUAUAUAUAUAUAUAUAUAUAUAUAUAAGCAGUGAGGCAAAAUAUACCCAAGUCAGAUUUUAUAUACAACAUGUAUCCAUGCUAUAGCAUUCCGUGGAUGAAAUAUAAAAACGACAGUCACUUUUGGUUUAUUACCUCGGGUCGGUACGACACCGAGGUCUUAAAUUCGGCUCCUAUUUUUUUUUAUUGUUUUUUUUGUUUUUCAUUUGUGUCGAGCCGCGCGCGUAGUCGAAGAUCGAAGGGCCUGCGGAGGAGACGACAACUUCCGGUAAAUAAGUGUACUUCCGGCAAACAUCGGCCUAAGCGAAACGGAACCCGAAGCUAUCCUUGCACAAAAUCCGUCAGAAUUGUUGAUUUAAAACCAGAAGAUGUGAUAAUUUUGACAUACAUGUUUAGCUGGACAACUAUUCUCGAGUAUAUGUUGAUAUAAUGUACAAUACAUCGUAUGCAUAGCAUGGGAAUACCGCGGCCAACUUUCACUUGUUAUCUAUUAUAAUUACUGACCCGAAUCAAAAGUAAUUAUUUUCGGCUGGAAGACUACUGUACGUUGCUGCUUGUCGGGACCGUAUGACAAUGAACCUAUCAAACGUUACACUAGACAUUUGUGAGGACAUGCAUAUAGACAUAACCAUAGGCACUGUAGUGCAUUGUGAUAGAACAGAUUUCAGUUUAAUUAAUCGCCCUAAAUUAAAAUCUCCACAAGCGGAGGUCAAUUAUAGUGUUCUAGUUUACAUAUUAUCAUUAAUGAUUAGGUUUACUCAAAUAGCGUAUUGGAUAAACACGGGAAUAGAACUUAUGGUGUAUUCUGCACAUGCGUAUAUCUAGGAUAAAAUCCUACAAGCGCAAACGAAACUAUUUCUCUAUAAAAUUGAACUGAAAAGACUCACAGCGACCGUUUCCAACAGUGCUUCAGGCACCCGACGACACCGUAUGGGGGGCCUUUAGCACUGUCACCUUCUCAUCUUGGGAUGUUCACGUUAUCGCGUGUACAUGUCAGGGUGACGAAGAUGCAUUAUUGCUAAUAAUGUCUGUGUGCACUGAUGCACGCUGCAUUAUUUUUAAUAAUGUUGUGUGCUAUUUUAACGCGUACAUAGAAUAUGACGCGUAUAAACAUUUACCCCUGAGCCGGAAUUUCCCUAUACAGCCAAAAAGGCCGCUCCCGUUUUUCAGUAUAACGUUAAAUGAAAACUUCUCGACUUUCGCUGAUAUAAUGCAGAGAGAAAACAAUAGGUUUGAUGAGGGCCAGUAAUUAUUGUCAAUAAAAUAUUAAAACGGAGCUUUGAUUAACUGAUUCACCAUUUAUACUAGUGAACUAUUAAACUAUCGUGAUUUAUACAAUUUUUGGAUAUUUACAAGACGAUUCCCUAUCCACCGACCCGAGGUUAACGCCGAGUCGGCGUCUUGUUACUUCUAAACUGGAUAGCAGUAAUUCUCUGCUAUAUGGGUUGCCAAAACUCAUGAUUGAUCGAUUACAAAAUGUGCAGAACAGUGCAGCGCGUUUGAUAGCAAGACGUGGAAAAUUUGAUCAUAUCACCCCGGUUAUGAAAGAACUGCACUGGCUUCCCGUAAGCCAACGUAUCAUUUACAAGAUACUUCUCAUCACCUACAAAGCUCUGAAUGGUCUUGCACCAAGCUACAUUAGGGAUAUGCUACAACCGCACAAAUCAACAAUGAAUCUACGUUCAUCGAUGAAAGGACUACUCUCAGUACCCCCCAUAAAGUUGGUCAACUAUGGUCAAAGAUCAUUUUCAUAUGCAGCACCAAAACUAUGGAAUGAACUUCCAGAUUCAGUACGACAUAGUGAAUCGAUAUCUAUUUUUAAAACAAAAUUGAAGACAUAUCUAUUUAAAAAUUUUUAUAAGUAAUUGACACUAGUUUUACCAAUUUUAACUAUUGCUAGUUCUAUCUAUCUAACUGAAUUUUUAUCUUAUCACUUCUUAUAUUGACUUUUAUAUAGUAAUUGUAAAUAAACUUAAAUUUUUAAAUGAAUUGAUGUAAAUAUAUUAAAAUUUUAAAUUUUCUAAAUACUGUGAAGCGCCAUUGAGCUAUAGGAAAUGGCGCUAUAGAAAUACAUAUUAUUAUUAUUAUUAUUAUUAUUAUUAUUAUUAUUAUUAUUAUUAUUAUUAUUAUUAUUAGGCGGAUCUUUAUUUUAGAGCCGAGCUGCCUAUAUUCGAGGUUAGCGAAUGUUCGGUGAACGAUUGUGUUGACAAAAUGACGAAUUUGGUAUAUGAUUACUUUGUAGAAAAUUUCGGUACGGUGAACAAGUGCAAGGAUUCCAACUCUGAAUAUCAUACUAAGUAUGCUAGUUACUCAAAACAAGAGCUAAAACGAGAACUGAAAGCAUUAAAACGCCAGUCACCUGUUGAUGUAGAGAAUAUUCAGUAUGUGUCAAGAUUACUAAGGAAAUUAACUCAGAAUAAAGGCCAUGAUAAUGCUAAAUCUAUUAAUCACGAGGAAAUCAAGAAAAAUUUCUGGGCUUAUGCCAAAUCGCAUUUAGAUAGCGCUGACUAUCUGAUACCAACGUUCGAUUUGGCAACUUGCACUAAUUACUUUAAAAACAUUUGGAUGAACGCAUGUCCAUCUCAUGUUUUUUCCCUACCAAAUUGGUAA